AAAGGAGACCUGCCGCAUCUACUCUCGGUCGUGCUUGACUGGUUCAGUGGGACGUGACCUGUUGGGUGUUGUUGCGAGCACAAGGCCUGGUAGACAUAUUGCUGGCGUACUGAGGCGGACACAGGUGUCUAACAAUGGAUAGGUGUCAUCUAGUUAUCUCCCUUUGGUCGCUGCUCGCUGUGUGGGGUGUCGAUGGGUACGGUCACUACCGCACCCGCCUGCCUAACGGAGAACGCGUCGGACACCCCUGUAAACCCAACUUCAUCUGGAAGGGGGUGGGACACAAGAACGUCAAGGGUGGAGGACCGAGAAACAGUUUUGGGCUGGACUUUGCUGCAAAUAAUCACCAGUGGACGCCAGAGCUGUGCCGGCUUGACUCAGACGAGGACGGUGUGAGUAACGGGGUGGAGCUGGGGGACCCGGACUGUGAGUGGACCCCCAGGACGCUGCCCAACAGGACCACAGACAUCACACACCCAGGCGUGUGUACCCCGUUUGGGUCUGCAGGUUGUCAAGGCAAGAACGACUGGGUGGACUGUACUGGUGCGGUGUUAGAAUGUCCGGCGCUAGAAAACCCAGACACCCUGAACGUCACGCUGCAGUUUCCCCGCACCGCCGUCCCGGCCAAGGAAACGACCUACAUGUGCAUGGUGUUUGACAUGCCCAGCGACGUCGACCACCACCUCAUCGGCUACAAGCCGUACAUUGACAACGACAACGUCAUGCAUCACAUCUUGAUAUAUGGCUGCGACGACUCCGACGCCCCCCUUCCGACGGCACCAUAUCAGUGCGGAAUGAAUGCUGCUAAUUCCUGCACUACGAUGAUUGGCGCAUGGACUCUUGGAGAAGCUGGAGACUGCCUAGAUGAAAGGUUCGGGCUUUUAUUUGGCAAAUCCCGAUACAGCAGAUUUGCUCUAGAGUUCCACUGGAAUAAUCCGUCAGAGAGGUCAGGCUGGUUUGAUGCAUCGGGUAUGGUAGUCUACUAUACCACUCAACUCCGACCCAACAACGGCGCCGUGCUCAGUGUGGGACAGACGUAUCUGGAGAUUCCUCCUGGAAAGGAGGCAACGACCUUCACCUCUCGUUGUUCCUCCACGUGUACCAACGCCGCCCUCACUGGAUCUAUCUUCAUCUCAGGCGGCACCAACCACAUGCACUAUCUCGGUACCGCCCAGUCCGUGGAACUGAUCCGGGACGGCACAAGACUGAGGUACAUCACCAACGACCUCGUCUUCAGCUAUGACGACCCAAAGUUCUAUGAAUUCGACCCUCCAAUAGAGGUGAAGCCGGGCGAUGAACUCUUGACCACCUGUACCUACAAGUCCACCAACUCCAGAAAGACUGUGUACUACGGAGAUGCCACCUCGGACGAGAUGUGCUAUGGCUAUCUGUGGUUCUACCCGUCAGAAGCCAUGUCAGAGCCCUACUGUGACACCUACAAGUCAGUGGAGAUCUGUGCCGUCAAGACCAGAUCAGUCGUCAUGGCUGGGUGCAAUGCUCUGGACUUUGUGGACGGCAAGAGCAACGAUUCCAUGAUGAUCUACGAUGACAUAGACGUGUCUUGCACCAACUGGACGUCGUGUUCGGAGUCGUGUAGGACAGCAGUGAAGAAGGCCAUGGACCACCCUUGCCUCAAAGGAGGAGACAUUACCGACUAUGUCAACAGUCUUCUCAACACUACCCAAUUGGGAAGGGACUUCCUGAAAACUCUGGAUCUGUGCAAGCCAACCAAGACUUCUACGAACACAGCCUGCACACGAACAGCACGUGACACAGGGAUCAGCCUGGUAGUAACAUUAACGCUCCUCGUUCUGGCGAACGCUUAAUCUAAGACGUAAUAGAAAGACAUUUUUCAAACGUCUUUUUUUAAUGAAUAGGUUUCUUCCUUU